GCAGAACAGCAGCCGGAAGCCGGAGUACGGCCGAGUGCAUGGGGCACAUGAGGGUCGGCGGAGCCUCCCACCGGUGAAGUUGCAGAAGUGCUGAGUCAAUGACUGGAAUCAGUAAUGGGCUUCAUGAGAGCCAACAAACUGAAGCUUAAUCCUGAUAAGGCUAAGGUUUUGUAGGCUUAGUCCCCCCCUUUCUGCGUGGAGCAAGCUGCCUUCAGAUUAUGUACAAUGGGUCUACGGAUUCACUUUGUUGUUGAUCCUCAGGGCUGGUUCUGUAUGGGCCUGAUUAUCUUUGUUUGGCUUUUCAACACGUUCUUCAUUCCAAAAAUUAUCCUCUUUCCACACUAUGAAGAGGAGCAUAUAUCACUGGUUACGAUACUGUGUUACUACCUAGUUGCAUUUUUCUGUGUUGUCUCAUUACUGAGAGCCUCAGUAGCUGAUCCAGGAAGACUACCUGAAAGCCCAAAGAUACCAGUUACAGAAAGAGACGUUUGGGAAUUAUGUAAUAAAUGUAAUAUGAUGAGACCAAAGCGUUCCCACCACUGCAGUCGAUGUGGACACUGUGUUAGGAAAAUGGAUCAUCAUUGCCCGUGGAUUAAUAAUUGCGUUGGUGAAGAUAAUCACUGGCUGUUUUUGCAGCUGUGCUUCUACACAGAACUUCUCAGUUCUUAUACACUGCUACUUGAUUUCUGCCACUGUUAUUACUUUGAGCCACUUAAAAAAGUUAAUUGGGAUAUAUUUGUAUUUAGACAUGAACUUGCCCUGAUAAGAAUAUCUACCUUCAUGGGGUUAAUAAUGCUGAUUGGAAUUACUGGACUCUUUUAUACUCAGUUGACUGGUAUAUUCAAUGACACUACAAGCAUAGAAAAACUGGCAAACUGUUGUGAAGACAUAUCGAGACCGCGAAAGCCAUGGCAGCAGACCUUCUCAGAAGUUUUUGGCACUCGCUGGAAGAUCCUGUGGUUUAUUCCUUUCAGGCAAAGGCGACCACUGAGAGUUCCCCACCACUUUGCCAAUCACGUCUAAACAGAUGGAUGGUGGGCACAGAUGGGUCCUCCAUGCUGGAAGUGUGUUGCAGGUUUUGUGAUAAUAGAACCAUGACAGUCCUCAAGCCAAUUAAAAUCUACCCACCAAUCUUAGACGUCACAAUGUGCCCCAGGCUUUAUUUUAAUAAUAAUGAUCUUGAUUCCGUAUUGGGAUUAAAUGCACAUUUCUCUGUUUACUUUUAAAGUGUACUUACUUUCAAAUUAGCUUUUUAGAGGAAUUGCUUUAAUAUUUGAGGUUAAUAUCAACCACAGCUGAUGUACAAAGUUAUGACCAAAAUUGUUUUUAUAUUGGACAGUAUGAUAUGUUUUACAUAGAUGAAUAGGUUUCAAAAGUGUCUUGUCUGCCUUGAAUUUUUUCAUUUAUUUUUUAAAAAUCAAUAAUACUUACCGUACUAGAUUAUGUGGCGAGACCCUUUUCCUGCUUACCUGGCAAAAAUCCACAAAGUUGUCUUUUAUUUAUGAUGCAUGAUAUCAGUUGAACAGUUCAUCUCUGAUGAAAAGGGUGGCGUUUUAACACUGGGUUUUUGGUUUUUUUUAAGCAAGGGCAAUUUUGUGUCUUAUGUCCUCAGUUUUAUAUAUUUAAAAAGUGUUUAUUGUUCCUGUGUAAAAGCAAAACAGAAGAAUUCAGCCCACUGUUAAGUCUAAAAGGAAGAAAAAGAUUCUUUUCCUGUUUUUUGUAAAUGCAAUAAUUAGCCCUUUGUGGUAGAUGUGUAUUUUUAAAAAUUAGGCACGAUCGAGUCAAAGUUAUGCAUCUAAUGGGAGAGGGCAUGUGAGCCAACUGCCCAUCAGUUUCCAGGACAGUAGCUGUGCUAGUCUGUUGCAGAAAAAAAAUAUCCAAAGGUCUUUUAGCACCUUAAUGACUAAUGAAUUUAUUGUGACAUGUGUUUCUGUGGUUUUGGCUGCAAUCCUCAACACAUUUACCGGGGGGGGGAGUCCCAUUGAACUCAAUGGGACUUACUUCUAAGCAGACUUGCAGAAAGACUGCACUGCUUAAUUUUGGCUGGAUCAUCCCUAUAGGUUUUACUGAUUGGUAUAUAAAAUAUAGCUAAUAUAAACUUAUAAAAUACUGUGUUGUCACUAAAAUAAUACUUGUUUUGUAUAGUCACUGCUAGAAAUAUAUAGAAUUUAAAUCGCAGGUGUGCAUAGGCUGGGUAAUAUAUGUGGGAGAUAUUUUUAAAAUAGUAUUUCUAUAUAGCAAAUAUGGAUGUUAAAAGAUAAACAGUAGUUGAGUGCGUAUGAGAUCGUAGCAAUUUAUUAAAUUGCAGUUGGUUAUUGAAAAGGAGAUGAAGCGGGCAUACCUAUACGGCAAUAUUAGACCUGAUCAAACGGUAAUCCGAGUCAAAGAUCUAUGUUGGUGUUGAUCUCAGAUUGAUGUCUAGUACUAAUCAGCAGUAUGGGUGAAUUCUUUAAAAUAAAAAUAAAAAUUAGCAAGAUAGCUCCCCCUUAAAAGGAUGCUUCCUAUUCAGAAGGCUGAUCCAGAGAAAUGUUGUGUAGUGCACUAAAUCAAGGAUAGCAUCACAGUUUGCUGCAAGAACCCUGGCUUAACCCCAGUUUUACUGCUGGUAAAGAAGCAUUGCUGUCCUGGUGCUUUUCCUCCAACCUGGCCUUAUCGUAUCUAUUUCCUUUCCAGUGCUGUUUUCAACCAGUUCAAACGUUGUGUCGUAACUGGUGUGUGCAGCUCUCCCUCCACAGCCCGCUUUUGAGCCUUUGUGCUGCUGAUUGCACAACAGACAGGUGGCAUUGGCAAAGGAAGCAAACCUCUUCUGGUUCUUCCAAAGUUGCCGCGUGCCCAGAUUUCAGCAUAAGCGCUUUGCCCAUGGGAGCACGAUCUGUGCUCCACGCCGUCACCUGUGCUCACCUGUGCUCACCUGUACAAGCAGAUUUUGCACCCUAGCAAUCUUCAGCCUUCGUGGUACUGGGCAGGCAAAUACUGCAUGUGGUUAAAGUGACCCACAGAGACAGUGCCCAUGUCGGAGAGGGGAUCUGUCCUACAAAAACAGAACUAGGCAUCCUGAACUGUAUCUCACAGAGAUGUAACUUUAUUAUAGACUUGAUUACAUUGUGCAAACGAAGAAAUGGCCAGUCCUUUCCUCAGCCCCUGUCCCCCAGCUUCCACGCUCUUCUAAGAAUGGGAUAUUCUGGUAAUUCUGCAUGCAUCGCCAUAAAAAUGACAGCAAUUAUUUCAUGUUUUGAAAUGCCCCUCAGGUCUUUUCAUUUCGAGAAAGCCUGCUGUUAGGCUUUUAGGAAAGUUCAAAUAAGUAACUUAAUAUAAAUGUUCCAUGCAAAUUGAUUAAGAAAAGAGAUGAGCUACCAGUCUUCCAAAAGUCACAAAAGCCAUUCAGAUUUUUGACAGAAGCAGGGUAUACAUUUUCCUUUUAAGGAGCACAGUUCUUAAUUUCCUUUUUCCUAAUAUUGUUUGUGCAGUGGCUUCCGUAACUCCAUUUUAGCACCUUUUAAAAUCAAUUGGAACAGUUGCUCUAUGCAGUUAUGUUAUUGCUAUUAUUUAUUUUGAAAAUCAGAUUUGGGACAGAAGCAGUAAUGACGUCUGUUAAAUGCCUGUUGCGUUCCACUGCCUAAGGUGGGGUGAACAACUGUUAUGAAUGCAUGUCUUUUGUGCAAAGUCUAAAUCUAAGAUAAUUUUGAAUGCAUCAGAAAAACAGUCCUAGUCAUUCUAAAAGUUUCCAUACAUACUAUUCGAGGUUGAGAUAUCCUUAUUUCUCUUGUUCUCAAAGUGCCCUCUCUUGGUUGAAUUAUGUAAUGACAAUGGUAUUCCACCCUCGAAUAAAAAUAAUGUUCUAACUUCAGAAAACAAGAUUCAGGGUAUUUUUAUGUGUCACUUUUUCAUACUUGAGUAUUGAGAUUUUUUGCCAGAAAAUAUGCUUAGAUUCUGAUGCAGGAUGGUGCAAUAAAUGUCUUCUAUCACUUGACUUGGGAAAACAGUCCCUGUGUAUCCAGAAAAUGAAAGGAAAAAACAAAGAGCUUAUUCUGGCACUAUAUUUGCAGUUUUUCGCUGACAUAUCUAGUUAUAAACCUGCCUGGAGUAGUCAAUAUCUGUCCCUGCAACAUCAUCUGACGUGUUAGGGAUUGAGCCUUUGUCAAUUCUCAGGUGGUUAACUCCUGCCAGCUCUGUAUAUACUGCUAUGAAAUCCAAACAGACCAUUGAAAUGGUAAAAGUUCAAUGAAAUGUUGUAAGCUCUCUCUCUCUCUCUCUCUCUCUCUCUCUCUCUCUCUCUCUCUCUCUCUCUCUCUCUCUCUCGUAAAAUGCUAUGAAAUUAUCAGUUUAAAGGAACUGGACUGGAUAUCUGCUCUGUAAUAUUACCUCCCAUUUCAUAAUGAUAGAUAGUUCUGUGGAGUCUCCUCAAAACCACUAAACCCCAGAUUUAAAUCCUAGAAAAUGUUUUUCCUGGUGGAUCUGAAACAUAACAUUAGGAUAAUAAAUUGAGAGAUUAGUUGGAAAUAAAUGUGUUUUAAUGUGGCAAGGGCAGCUGCUUAGCUUUCUACUCUUAUUUUGCAUCUGUGCCGUUUGUUUAUAAUCUCUUAAUUUUUGGAUGUCUGAAUUGAAGUAGUUGAAAAGGGCAUCAUGUUCAUGCGAUGCUAAGCAUUAGUAAUUGCAAACGAGGCAGUUGGGGUGGGGGGUGGGAAAUGCCUGCGAUCUGGCACCUAAAAUAAUUAAUGGACGUGUAAAUGUAUGUAAUAUAAGAACCAGACUUUAGGCGGAAUUUAUUUAUUUGAUUAGAAAAAAUAUAUUUUAACACCUUUAAUUUAUCAUUCCAUUCCAAUAUCAUUAAGGUAGUUACCAACUUGAUUUUGUGGUGAUGUGUCCUGUAAUUUUAACUCCUUGUUCCCUGACUGAAGCACACUUUUGCUUGCAGAGGGUGAUCCUAGGAUGCCAUCGAAUCACAGAAUUGUAGAGUUGGAAGGGGGCACAAGGGUCAUCUAGAUCAACCCCCUGCAAUGCAGGAAUCUUUUGCCCAGUAAGGGGCUUGAACCCACAACCCUGAGAGUAAGAUUCUCAGGCUUUACUGAGUGAGCUAUUCCCUAGCUUAAUCAAUGAGUGAGGAGACUCGGGGUGGGGGUGGGGGCUGGUUCACAGUUACUGUCAGCUGAAUAAAGGUGGAUGGGAAGCCUCACAGGGUGGAUGUAAUGACAAUGUUCGACUGCAAUGAUUGGUGAGUUUCCUGAUCAGCAUACCGUAUUCAUUAGGACCAAGUAAGAGAACAAAAUCUACAAACCUCACCUGCCGAUGGAGACUGGGCACGGCAGUCUUCCCAUCUGGGCCACAGCUCACAGUCAAGCCUAGAGAUCUGCAGGAGCCUCUGUUCCCCCUCUGGGCAGCCUGCAAGUUAGGCAACGCUUUGGAGUAGGGUUCAAAUGUGUACUGCACAUGCCUGUUGAAUCAGGGAUGCAUAUAGCGGCUCCUACACGUGUGAUUUGGUACACAUGCACCCUGCACAACAUGCUUUCUGCACACAUUUAUCAUGGCGGGACAAUCCUAUUGUACUCCGUGUUUACCUCACCGUAUCAGUGUGAUAAAUUACGAGAGGAGCCUCCCUGAAUUUUUAAGAGAUCUGAUCUGGAAAUGCCCUAUCAUGUGCAUUGACUGAAUGAUAAUAUUCCCCCCCCUCCCUUCUCCUAAUCUAAGCUAUAAAAUUAAAAGUGUUAUUACCAUAAUCACAAAAUGGAGGACAGUUUAAAAUUCAUACAAAAAAUGGCUCUGGCUUUCUUAACUUUCUGUGUCAGUAGAAUGAAAACCACCCUUCUAUUAUUUCUUAUAUGUAUAGUCGGUGCCAUGGGACAUAUUUGCAACUAGAAAUAGCACCCCAGUCUUGAAAAAGAUUUAAUGUUAGUGCUGAGAGAUGUAUGCUAUAAGAGCUAACGGUGCUCUGGUGUAAGUCUAGCUGCAUGGCCAUGUUCCCAUAUACCAGGCACGUCCAACAGGUAGAUCAUGAUCUACCGGUAGAUCACUGGAUGUCUGUGGUAGAUCACUGGUAGAACACUGGCUUCCCCCCCCCCAAAGAACCUCAACAACUUUGGCUCCACUAAAAAAUGCUCAACAUUUUAGCCCUUCACCCCCCCCCAAAAAAACAGGGAUUUUCUCCUGCCUCAGGAAAGCUCAACAACUUUGACCUGAACCCCUAAAAAUGGGGCUUUCUUCCUCCCUAAAAAAAGCUUAACAACUUUGACCUGAGCCCCCCAAAAGGGGGUAGAUCACUGCCAGUUUUUAACUCUGUGAGUAGAUCGCAGUCUCUUCAGAGUUGGCCACCCCUGCCAUAUACUGUACAUCCAUUUCAUUAAAGGGAUGUGAAUGGUAUGUAAAGUGAAGAAUUCACAAUGGCACUUCCUCCAUUUGUUUUCAUCAACUUGGGAGCUUUAUACUGCAGCAAGCACAGCCUUAGAACUGGACUUGUCAUGCUAGUGUAUGAGGAUAAAUAUAUUUACAGUUCUAUAACAUGCAAGUUAGGUUUCAGAGCUUAUUUUUCAGAAACCUUCUUCAGAUAAUCCAAGCACUCAGGCCCUACUAGCCCCACUGCAGAUUCAUAAUGCAGUGACUAGGAAAGGCAGGCAGAGCCCAGAACUCCCUGUAAAUUCUCUUGCUCAGGAGAUAGGCCUGGUGCAGCUUUGCGUAGACUCCAUAGACUAGGGGGACGUUCUGUUUCUUGGACAAAAUGAAUCUUCUCCCUACGGCCCCUUUUUAAAAUACUGUGCAGCUUGGGUUGGGUUGGGUUGUUAGACAGCAAGAGCUUGGUGUUAUUGGGAGCUACUGUAGACCCCUGGAUUUGAAAGGUAAUUCCAUUUCAAACAUGGGUCAAGAACUUAUGGGGCACUUAGCCUAAUGCUAUGCAGGUUUAGGUGGAAGUAAACCCUGUUGAUGUCAGCAUUGGCACACACCAUCCCUGAGCAACUGUUUAAGGGACCCAGCAAUUCCCACACCUGACACCAUCUCCCGGGGACUCCAUCCCAGUGCUUCAGGGCAUUGUGAAAAAUGGAAAGGGUAGCUCGAGCCAAUCACUCGGCACUGCUUAGAAUGCCUUUCCUACCAUCGCCACUCCCCGUGGCUUGUGUUUAGUCGUUUAGUCAUGUCCGACUCUUCGUGACCCCAUGGACCAUAGCACGCCAGGCACUCCUGUCUUCCACUGCCUCCACCAGUUUGGUCAGACUCAUGUUUGUAGCUUCAAGAACACUGUCCAGCCAUCUUGUCCUCUGUCGUCCCCUUCUCCUUGUGCCCUCCAUCUUUCCCAACAUCAGGGUCUUUUCCAGGGAGUCUUCUCUUCUCAUGAGGUGGCCAAAGUAUUGGAGCCUCAGCUUCACGAUCUGUCCUUCCAGUGAGCACUCAGGGCUGAUUUCCUUCAGAAUGGAUAGGUUUAAUCUUCUUGCAGUCCAUGGGACUCUCAAGAGUCUCCUCCAGCACCAUAAUUCAAAAGCAUCAAUUCUUCGGCGAGCAGCCUUCUUUAUGGUCCAGCUCUCACUUCCAUACAUCACUACUGGGAAAACCAUAACUUUAACUAUACGGACCUUUGUUGGCAAGGUGAUGUCUCUGCUUUUUAAGAUGUUGUCUAGGUUUGUCAUUGCUUUUCUCCCAAGAAGCAGGCGUCUUUUAAUUUCGUGACUGCUGUCACCAUCUGCAGUGAUCAAGGAGCCCAGGAAAGUAAAAUCUCUCACUGCCUCCAUUUCUUCCCCUUCUAUUUUCCAGGAAAUGAUGGGACCAGUGCCCAUGAUCUUAGUUUUUUUGAUGUUGAGCUUCAGGCCAUAUUUUGCGCUCUCCUCUUUCACCCUCCCCAUGGCUAGAUCAGCCUAUUAGGACCCACUGAUGGGCGAGAAGACUCACCAGAGGGCACUUUGAUCCAGGCCUAUCACAAACCUGAGACCAGCCCAUUUGGGGGUUGGGCCCCCAGCAAGUGUGAUUCAUUUUUCAUAUGCGGUAUAUAUACCUCUCUACCUCGCACAAUACAAGUUAAAGAUUGGAAAAUAAUUUACCCAAUAAGAGUGCUGUGUCCAUUUUUUUGUUUAAUCAUCACACAGUAUCUCAGCAAACAGGUUAAUGGCAAGAUAAGUUGAAAUGGCAGAGAAGACUUGAUUGUGGAAAAGGCAUGCCCAAAAUAAUGCAAACUGCAUUUGAUGGUCCCAUUGAUAAUGGUAUUGACAGUGCAAAUUCCUAACACGGCCCAAAGCUAAUCAAAU